UGAUAAGCGCGCGAACCGCUUCCACGUUUUGUUUAUAAAUUGAAUUUUCCGAGAAGCUAUGAAAAACCAGGAUUUGGUGGAAUACUUAAGGUCGUGCGGGGUGUGCGAAAUUUGCCAGCUGCGUUACCUGAAGGCCAGAGGCGCGGAGUAUAGAAACAUCAAUGAGACUUUGCAAAAGCUGGAUGUGAAACUGAAUGAAUACGUCGAGAACGAGGAGCUUCUAAUAUCCGCAGAGAAUCAACCAGCUAAAAGGGCUCGUCUGAGCGUCUGUUCAACGUGCUUGGGCUUAUUCUCAAAGGACUUUCAGAAUGAGCUGCUCAGCAGCAUUUUGGCAUCGGAUUUUGCGAAAUACGAUUGCCAGAAAAUCGUUUUGGCCAUUUGCUUACCAAUGUCACUGCAGUUGAGACAGCUGGCCAUGUGGUUUGCCCUGCGGCGAAGGUUCGGAUCAUCAAUAGACGAAAACAUUCCCCCAGACGUGCCCAUAAAGGAGGCUGUCAAGCUGAUCCUACACCCUAUAAUCUGUGAAAAGCUGGCCAAGGGCUACGAUGCCAACGGUCUGAUGAUCAAUAUAGACCUCACGCACAAUCUGGAGGACGGAGAGGUGGAAAAACUGGUGAAAUUAAACAAGGAAGCCUUUCCCGCCAAGGCUUCGCAUCAGAAGCGCAUUGAAAUUUCGAGAGGUUUACUGGAGAAACAGUAUCAACCCUCCAAGGUUAAGGCGGAAACCUUUGAGAAAUAUUUUCAGAUACCCUGCCCGAACGCAGAGGAAUCAAUAAGACUUACUUCGAUAGAGCUGCAGGGUCCCCUGGUUUGUGUAGCUGGCAGAUAUCGGAAGCUGAGCAGGGAACUUUCACAUACUCCCUGGAUUUUGAAUGGCAAGAGGCUAAUGGAGGACAGUAUCGAGGAAAUUAUAAUCAGGCAUGUCGGUCCCCACUUCACAGAGAAGCUGGGUAAAAUCACAUUCAUGUCGAGUGGUAGAGAAGAUGUGGAUGUCCGAUGUCUGGGGAAGGGAAGACCUUUUGUUCUAGAAAUUCCAAAUGCAAUAAGGAGCUGCUUAAGCAAAGAUAAGGCCUUUGCGAUGGAACGGGCUGUGGAUGCAUCUGGUAUGGUGUCUAUACAUAACCUCCAGGUCGUGCCCAGAGAAGAACUAACCCACAUAAAGACGGGAGAGGAGCAGAAAAAGAAAUUCUAUCGCGCUCUUUGCGCCCUGCAAGAACCAGUAUCAGUGAAGAUUCUGGAACAACUGCAAAUAUCAGCGAGCUUUGACAUACAGCAAAAGACCCCCAUACGAGUUCUUCAUCGUCGUCCUUUGCACACGCGUCCCAGAACGAUUUACAGUGUAAACGCCAAAGUGCAGCGUGGAAAUCCGAAAGCCUUGAUCAUCGAUAUUGUCACUCAAGCGGGCACUUACAUCAAAGAAUUAGUUCAUGGCGAAUUCGGCAGGACCUCGCCAUCGUUGUCCUCGAUCAUAGGCAAACCCAUAGACAUUCAAGCUCUAGAUGUGGUGGGAAUCGAUUUGGAUUGGCCCAAUGAAGUAGAUAACUCCAUACAAGAGGAAUAUUAGGUACACAUCCAUUUAAAUGUUAUACGUUAAACACAUAAUUUGCAAAAGGUGCAGCAGAAUAAACAACAGAAUCUAGUGACGAACCUUGAA